CAGACGUUUACAGAAGAUCUUAUUGAGAAUUAACAAAGGUUUAGAUGUUGACGAUUUAGUUUGACUUACAGUAACCAUGUUACACACACACACACGCACACAAUCGGUGAGUAUACAAGGCUUUGGGGUGUGGGUGAAGUGAUGCUGUUCUGCGCCACUAUAGGGAGUCCGCUGCUUACUUGCAAAACGAAAGUAAAACGAGGAAAAGAAAUGACGUGACGCCAUCUCUUUAAGAACUGCGUAGUUUGUGGUGAGUACAAUGCUUAUUCCUCAUCUAACCAUGUAGGCACGAAAAUGCUGACUGCCAUUACAAAAAUAACUUCCACUUUUAACUAAUGCUCGUGUGAUGCGUUUAGCACAGUACAUAAAAAAAGCAGGCAAGAAUACUGCGUUUCUGCUGCACCCAAAUUGCCACAUCGUUAUUCAAGCUGUAAAAGACCGCCGUAAAGAUAGUUUGCGGUUUAAUUUUAAGAUUUAUUUUGGCUAUAAGUAGCUACCCAGUCAGCAAAUUUCAUUUGGCCCGGAUUUGGCCCAUAUCAACAGUUAAAGUGUUAGCAGUAGCAGAUUAGUACGUGUUUCCCGGCCCAGAAAUGGUCCACAUCUUUUUUGCCAGAGCUGAACCAAAACAGUGCCAUAGCUCAAACCAAAAUGAGCCAAAUCAUGAAAACAGAUGUGGCUGAUAUAUGGACCUCAUAUGGUAUUUUUGUAUGGCUGAGUUCUCUAAAGGGCUGAUGGCCCUAUACGUGGCCCACAUAAGGCUGAUAGACCAAAGGCCAUUCUUUAAUCAUAUUUACACCACACCUAUUUUUGAAUUUAAAUUACCCAUUACACAGUAAAUCCUAAACACAUACAUUUAUUCACAGUCAUUCAUUAUUUAAUGUUUAUAAUAUAAUUUUAAUAGCAGAAGUACAAUACAGAACAUAAGUGUGAAUACAAUUUGUAUUCAAUUUGUACACAAUUUGUGAACAAUUUGUGAAUACUUUGUCACAAAUGAGUGAAUAAAUGUAACAUUACAGUAAUUAAUACUUUCAGUAAGUCUUGCCAGUCUCUCGGUCACAGUCUAUCAGGAAAAAGAAGAGAAAAAAACAUUAGUAUAUAAUAAUUAGUGUCAUACAUUAGAUUAUUUGAAUAUUAAGACAAGCAUAUUAUUAAUGACAGCAAAUCAUCACUGCACAUAUUGUCUUUUUGCCGCCACCCAAAGACAUGAGUGCUGCUGUGUAGCCCUUUUUAAAUGAAGAAAAUGUUAGCUACUCUAAUAACAGGCUAUUUUAGACAUAAUACUUAACAAUACACAUAAUAUUAUUGAAAACACUAUGGGUGUAAUGGUAUGCAAAAAUGAUGGUUCAGUGAAAGAAGGCCCAUAUGUGCUCAGCCAUGCCAUACCUUGGCCAAACAUGACAGCUAUUAGCCACAUUUGGCGCAAGCAAUCUUGCUAUCUGGGUAAACAGUGCACUGUCAUAGACAUGGAAAUCAAUUUCUCAGCAUUCUUUUUUGAGAAAGGAGCAGCACAGUGAAUCCACAAUGAGUCUUCAUAAAGACAGAGAAGAUGAGGAUGCUGCCUUAAAGUUUGAUUCUCAACCUCCACAACCAAGCUGUGAUCAGCCAAUGACUUCUGACCCCAGCAAUCCAAGGAGGAAGGAACAGAAAUCAAACUUUCCAGAACCCAGCAUUGUGUCUAUGAAGAGUGAUAGAUCCAUGAAACCACCCCUUGGAUUCAGUGAAGAACCAGUGACCUCUGACCCGACAUUGUCUCAGACCUGCACUUCAUAUCAUGAGACUGAACACCUGCUGAAACCAGUGGAGGAUGUCCAUCAGAGAGUCAAAGAACAACACAAAACCAGCAUGAAGAACAAGUAUGAGAGAUUAUUUGAGGGACUCAAACUAAAAGAGACUCAAACCCUCCUGAACAAUGUCUACACACAGCUCUACAUCACAGAGGGAGAGAGUGAAGGAGUGAAUGAAGAACAUGAGGUUUUACAGAUGGAGAAAACGGCCAGAACAAAACAAUCACAAGACACUCCAAUCUACUGCAAUGACAUCUUUAAAUCCUCACCUGAACCAGGAUGUGAGGAGAAAGACCAAAUCAAGACUGUUCUGACUAAAGGCAUCGCUGGAAUCGGAAAAACCGUCUCUGUGCAGAAGUUCAUUCUGGACUGGGCUGAGGGAAAAGCCAAUCAGGAUGUAGAUUUCAUGUUUGUGCUUCCAUUUCGAGAGCUGAACUUGAUCCGAGAUCAUCAGUACAGUCUUCACAGACUUCUGCUGGACUUUCAUCCUGAACUUCAAGAUCUGGACUCAAAGAUUUAUGAGGAGUGUAAAGUUGUGUUCAUCUUUGAUGGUCUGGAUGAAAGCAGAAUUACACUGCUGUUUUCAGAUGAUCAGAAAGUUUGUGAUGUGACUGAGACUUCAGUGGGUGUGUUGAUGUCAAACCUCAUGAAAGGAGAGCUGCUUCCCUCUGCUCUCAUCUGGAUCACCUCCAGACCAGCAGCAGCCAGUCAGAUCCCCUCCAAAUACAUCAACCGUCUGACAGAAAUACAGGGAUUCAAUGAAUCUCAGAAGGAGGAAUAUUUCAGGAAGAGAAUCAGUGAUGAGCAUCAAGCCAGCAGAAUCAUCUCACACAUCAGAAAAGCAAAAAGCCUCCACAUCAUGUGCCACAUUCCCGUCUUCUGCUGGAUCUCAUCCACUGUGCUUCAGAAGCUCCUGAAAGAAGAUCUGAGUGCAGAAAUCCCUCAAACUCUGACUGAAAUGUACAUCCACUUCCUGCUGAUUGAGAUCAACAUGAGGAAUCAGAAGUAUGAAGAGAGAGAUCCAGAGAAACCCCUGCCCUCCAACAGAGAAGUGAUUGUAAAACUUGCUGAUGUGGCUUUCAAACAGCUGAUGAAGGGCAGUGUGAUGUUCUAUGGGGAGGACCUGAUUGAAAGCAGCAUAGACGUCACUGACGCCUCAGUGUAUUCUGGGAUUUGCACUGAGAUCUUUAAGGAAGAAUCUGUGAUUCAUCAGAGGAAAGUCUACAGCUUCAUUCAUCUGAGCGUUCAGGAGUUUCUCGCUGCUUUCCAUGUGUUUUAUUACCAUGUGAAUACAACUAUGGAGGAACUAAAGAAUUUUGCUUCAGUAGAAAAUUUGCUUAAAGGUGCAGUAGACAAAGCCCUAGAGAGUGAGAAUGGACAUCUGGAUCUGUUCCUGCGGUUCCUGCUGGGCAUCUCACUGGAGUCCAAUCAGAGACUCUUACAGGAUCUACUGACACACACUGAGAACAGCUCAGAGAGCAUCAGGAGAACCACACAGUUCAUUAAAGAGAAGAUCAAAGAUGGACAUGGACUCUCCACCGAAAGAUCCAUCAAUCUGUUCCUCUGUCUGCUGGAAAUGAAAGAUCAGACUCUGUCCAGAGAGAUUCAGGAGUUUGUGAAAUCAGACAAACACUCUGAGAAAAAACUCUCUCCUGCUCACUGCUCAACAAUCACCUACAUGAUUCAGAUGUCAGAGGAGGUGCUGGAUGAGCUGGACCUCAGGAAGUUCAACACAUCAGAUGAUGGUAGAAAAAGACUGAUACCAGCUGUGAUCAACUGCAGAAAAGCUCUUCUUGCUGGCUGUAAUCUCACUGCUCAGGAUUGUGAAAUGUUGUCAUCAGCUCUACAAUCCUCAAACUCUGUCCUGAGAGAGCUGGAUCUGAGUAAUAAUGACCUGCAGGACUCAGGAGUGAAGCUGCUCUCUGAUGGACUGGAGAGUCCAAACUGUCAGCUGGAGAUACUGAGGUUGUCUGGCUGUAUGGUGACAGAGGAAGGCUGUGGUUAUUUGUCUUCAGCUCUGAGUUCAAACCCCUCACACCUGAGAGAGCUGGAUCUGAGCUACAAUCACCCAGGACAAUCAGGAGUCCAGCUGCUCAAACACAAACUGGAGGAUCCAAAUUGCUCACUGCAGAUACUCAAUUUGGACCACGGAGCCCAUUUCAGAAUCACACAAGGACUGAGAAAAUAUGCAUAUAAUCUCACACUGGAUCCAAAAACAGCAAAUAAUCAUCUCCGUCUGUCUGAGGACAACAGGAACGUGACCCAUGUCAAAGAACCACAGUCGUAUCCUGAUUAUCCAGAGAGAUUUGAGAACUAUGAGCAGGUUCUGUCUCAAGAGAGUCUGACUGGACGCUGUUACUGGGAGGCUGAAUGGAGUGGGAAGAUGUGGGCUGAUAUAUCAGUGUCAUAUAAAGGAAUCAAGAGGAAGGGAGGGACUGAAUGUUGGUUUGGAUACAAUGACAAAUCCUGGAGUCUUUUCUGCACUGCUAACGGAUUCCAUGUUUGGCAUAAUAAUAAGAACACUGACAUUCCUGCCCUUUCAUCCUCUAAUAGAGUAGGAGUGUAUGUGGAUGUGUCGGCCGGCACUCUGUCCUUCUACAGCGUCUCUGACACACACACACUCACACACUUACACACAUUCAACACUACAUUCACUGAACCCCUCUAUGCUGGAUUCAGGUUGUUUGAAACAUCAUUGUCUUUAUGCAAAUUCAGCAACCUGCUGUGAGACACAAUCAGUCUUGUUUUGAAGCAGUCACAAACCUUUCUUACAUGAAGUACAAGUAAGUGUUAAAGACCCACAAGAAAUCAUAUUUGAAGUAGUGCUAGUUUUCACAAGCUGUUCACUUAAUACAGUAUUUGCAAUCAAAGUGUGUGUGCGUGUGUGUGCCUG